AUGAAGUUUGAAGAAAAGCACGCGGGCAAUGGGAGACGUAUAGGAAAGAGUCAGCCAUAUCUAGAGGAGAAGCAUCAGGCAAACGGGAAAUCAGGAGCAAAUGGGAAAGCUGAGGUCUCCGUAAAGCAGGAGGCAAAUGAGAAAUGUGAUGUGCCCAGAAAAAGCUUCAAAACGUACAGCUGGCAGGAGAUCCAGAGACACGGUUAGGAGGACGACCAGUGGGUGGCGAUUAGCCACAAGGUCUAUGAUGUUACUGACUGGGCCAGGAGGAAUACAGGUGGGCACCAGGUCCUCAAUCAUUAUGCCAGGGAGGACCCCAGGGAUGUCUUCAGAGCUAUGCACCCUAACCUUGACAUGGUUCGAUUGGACCUUAAGCCACUCCUCAUCAGAGAGCUUGCCUCAGGAGAGCUCAGCCAGAAGAGAAACAAAAACAUGAGUGAGGUCCUGGGACUCAACUUCUCAUUUUCUCAUUUCUUUCUGCAAGACAUUGCCUGGGUCAGCAGUUUUUACAUCUGCUACAUUGUCACAUUUGGUCCUUUCUAUGGAGUCUUUGGAACCUUGCUGCUCAUGUAUUUUGUCAAGUGUCUUGAAAGUCCUUGGAUUCUCUAUAUAACACAGAUGAGCCACAUACCAAUGAAAAUGAGCGAAGAGGAGAACCGAGACUGGUUCUCUACUCAGGUCUUGACCACCUGCAACACUGAACGGUCCCUUUUCAAAGACUGGUUCACUGGGCACCUGAACUUCCAAAUCAAACACCAUCUGUUCCCCAUUAUGCCAAGCCAUGAUUAUCACAAAGUAGCACCUCUGGUGAGGUCACUGUGUGCCAAGCAUGGAUUGCAGUAUGUGAAAAAGCUGUUGCAGGCGUUUAGAGAUACUUUCAGGUCUUUGAAGAAAUCCUCAGCCCUCUGGAAGGAAGCUUACUACAAAACAUGA